GCAAGUAUGUUCUCCCUGUCCAUGAUGGUGGGACUGGUUCCGAUAGUGUCCCUCUUUGGUUUGUUCUACUCUGCAGCAGUGGAUGAGAACUUCCCUCAAGGCUGCACCAGCAGCAACAGUCUGUGCUUCUACAGCCUGCUGCUGCCGGUCACCAUCCCCGUCUACGUCUUCUUCCACCUCUGGAGCUGGAUGGGAAUCAAGCUCUUUAGGCACAAUUAGGCUGCUCUGACUGUUCUGUUGAAGAAAAAAUCCACCUGAAAACAAUUAAAUCAGCUGUUGAUGAUCUACCUUGCAUUUCUCAACCCAUUUUGUUUCCUGGUUAAUAAAAGUUAAAGGCGAUGGUUUGUCUACACAGCGGCACUUUACAAACAGUUUAAUAGUAGAAAAUGUUACUUGCUACAAACUAGAAUGUAAUACAUGUGAUACAUGUUUUGAUUGAGAUAAACCCAGGAAAUAGACAUAUUGCAUAGACAUAUUGCAGGACAUCAGAACUAGACAGUGAAUGCAACCAAAAAUCUAUUGGAACACAGACUGUCAACAUAAGUCAAUUUUUUUAAACUAACCAUUGGUGGAUUUUUUGCUUUAAUGCUUGUGCCGGGUGUUAUUUUAUUAAGCUGUGUGUAAUAACUGGCAAAAAGAUAAAUAAAGAUUUCCUUUGAA